UUGCGCCAUUUAAUUAAUUUCUGCCUAAUAAUCGUGUCUAUUGCUUCACAAGCGGGGCUACCUAUUUCAUUUUAAUUAAUCAGGAAUGAUUUAAAAAAAAAUUCGAACCAGAAAUUGACCCAUUUUAUUGAACAAGGCUGGUUCAAAAGCCGACAGAUUCACGUUGUACACAGAUUAUGGUGCAGCGGUAGUAACCUGUCAAAUACCAGUCGAUCCCGCAAUUAAUUAUCCUUGCAUAGAUUAAUCAUAAAAUGAAUUCACCCUACACCUGGAUACCCGUAUUACUCGCAGUUAUUCUCUCCGCUGUUGGGAGCGAACUAGAUUACGACGGUUGGCUCCGUUUAAGGGUAUGGCAUGCUUUGAAUAAGGGACCAAUGCCGAAUUUUAUUGAACGUGGCAACAUAACUGUCACCAGCGUUCGCAGCGGAGCUUCAACGGUAGCGCAAGCCGGUCUCAAAUCCAGUGAACUUGACGAGUUACGGAAAUUGGCUGAAGACGACAGAGAGUAUCGACUGAAGGCAUCUGUGCGAGGUUCCUCUGGCACGGAAACAACCUUCUUUACGUCUGUCCCGGCGUGCCUCGUACUCGGCUCCGAACUUGAAGAUUUCUUGACUGUGUGGCUGGACGGAGCAGCGGAGCCGGUUGCGGUGAGCCUAUCUUCAUACGGUCCGUGUUCCCGGGAAGUUCCGUCGACCCAGAUGUGGACAACAGAGGUCCAGGUCAGGUACCCAGAGGCAGGCCCAGUUCCGGACACGGCGACGUACAUACAGAAGUUGGAACGAGAGAGGGAGGCCAGGGAAAGGGGAGAGACCAAGGACAACAGAUCUUUCCUGGCGAAAUACUGGAUGUACAUAGUACCUGCCGUCAUAUUCGUUCUACUCUCGUCGGCGACAAACCCUGAAGCUGGCGGCGCCGGCGGCGGAGGAGGUGGGGCUCAGAGAUAACGCGGCGAGGCUUGAACCACCAACGUUCGACGUAUAAUUUCAUGCACAUAGUUAUUUAUUCCCUAUCUCUGUCGCUCCUCCUCGAUACUCCUAAUUUUUCUGUAACGGGCCUCAAACUGUACGUGAAAUAAUAAAUACAAAAACACCGUCA